AUGGAUCUAGCCGAAGUGGUUGAAGACUUGAUUUGCACGUUCGACGGAUCUGGAGACACCACUAUGGAUACUCUGGCUAUGUUCGUUUUCGGCUGGAUUUUGGCCGCGUUGUUCAUACUCUGGCUCGGCCGGCUGCUCUAUGACAAGUUCCAAAACAGAAAAAAGCUUUCGGGCGAAGCUAAAGCUAAGUUAGUUGACGUGCCCGCUAAGACCACCGACAGUAUCGAUGGCGAUGGUAAAACGAUUAAGAAAAUCGCGGUGGCCCCCGUCAUGGCCAAAGGUGCUGUUUCUUCGGGCGGCGGGGCUUAUGUUCCUCCUACGCCACCAGUGAGAAAGAGGUUAACAAGGCAGAGUCCAGCGCCUGAGGUUAGGAAACCCAGGUUCGUACCGGCUCCACAGUGCACGGGGCCGGAUAACGUGUGUGUUUUGUGGGUUAAUGAUGUGCUGCAGUGGUUGUACAAUGAUUUUGUUAUUGUCAACGAGCUGAUCGGGGUGUGGAUACAGGCUUUGAACGAGCACACUAAAAAGUCCGGUGCUGAGCAAGGAAUUGGUGUGGAACUAAUAAGGAUAUUACCAGAAACACAUCCGCCUACUAUUUCAAACAUUUUUGCCGAAGCUGAUUCGAAAGACGAUGUGACGAUAACUUGCGACUGUGAAUCGACUCCAGCUUUCCAAUUGAAAAGCUUCAGACAAAAGGGCGACAAGUCCGAAACGUCGCAUUAUCGCGUGAACGUCAACCGCUUCAGGGCCAGACUCAACAUAUUUUGUGUGUCUGAAAAGCUGCAGGCAAACGUGAAAUGCGACGGUUGGCCGGAAAUCAAGAUCGCCCUCGCUCCUGUCGGUAACAUCAAGAACAAUUUGGACGAAUCUCAGCUACAAGAGGUCAUCGUUGAGAUUUUGACUGAAGCUCUUAGGAGUACAGAAGUGGACUUGAAUUUAGCUCAGUACCCGACGUGCCCUAGGUUAAUACGACAUGUUUCUAUGCCAGGACAAAUCCUGCCAGUUCAUUAUGACAGUAUGGGCAUGGGAGGCAUUAGUCAAAAUUUUCCCUCCUCCUCUAAUCACAUGACGCAAGGAGGGAGACAGAUUCCAGGAGAAAAACGACUUUUAGUGAAGAUAGUACGUGCGGCACAAUUAGGUGCUACUCAAGGCUGUGCAGAACCCUAUUGUGUGGUUGAAAUGGACGAACCACCACAAAAGAAUCAGACUGCUGUGCAAAAGAAUACAGAUUCUCCUCAGUGGGAUGAACACUUUUUAUUUGAUUUGUCUCCAAAUACUGCAGAACUGCUAUUCGAAGUAUAUGAUCAUGCUGUCAAACCGCACAGAUUUUUGGGUUUGGGCAUAGUUGGUGUGGAGGAGCUUUUGGUAAAUCCAUCUCAAAGGCAAAUUAUUUCGCUGCAGAGUCGACCUUAUGAAAGCGAUUCUGUAUCUGGAACUCUCACCGUCGAGUUUCUGUUCAUAGAGGGUGCUGACAUACCAAACAUAGGCAGUAAUCAACCUUAUAAAAUUAAAGAAACCAUUAGAACUCCUUCUCCUCAUAGAAAUAAGAAUAUUACUACAACUACUUCAACGUUCCAUAAUGAUAUUAUCACAAAUGGUAAUCAUUUAGGUGAUACAUAUAGAGACUUAGAUAGGAAUAGGCAACCUAUGAAUACUACGAAUACUCUCGUUAUUCACAGCAUUCAAAGGCAACCUUCCCAAAGGCUAGUGAAGGUGGAACUCAAUAAUGGCGCUUGGAAGGAGAUAGAAACAAUAGAAAUAGAUCCGAAUGAUGAAGAAAAAGAAUUCGCUGUCGAAAAUAAGGAAGAAGAAAAGGAUAAAGACAAAGAUAAAACUAACGGUAACAUUCCGAGCGAGGCAAACGGUACUUCAAAUGCUACAUCGAAUGGUGAAAGUAAGGAUUUGAAUGAGAGUUCAACGUCGUCUAAGCCUGGAGACUUUUCUUCUUCUACUAUAAAUACUUCAAAUACAACACAAAACGAUACGCAGAAUUUAGAGUAUAGAGGCAGACCUAGGAAACGUAGAGACUUUUUCGGUACAAUAAAAAGGAGACUGGGUAAAUCUUUGAACAGAUCGAAAUCGGCCGGUCCGGAAAACGACCAUGGUCGUGAUGAUUCUCUUAACAGGUCCGUUUCGGCAGACAGAGGGCGAAAUGACGAGAAUUAUCGCCUCAACGUACCUGGUCAACGUUCAAUGGACGAAACUUCCCGUAGAUCCAGCCUGUCGGAAGCGUCUGGCAUGAGUAGUGCUUCUACCAGAACUUACAUCAAUGAGGCCAGCACUUUGGUGUUAGAAACCAUUGAAAAUGGUAUCAAGAAACACUACCUCGUGCCUCUGUCGUUAGCUCAAAAAUCCAAGUGGAGGAAAAAAGGAACAAAACUGCAUAUCUUCAAUGAUCACACUUUUGUUGCGAAACAUUUGCAAGGUGGUACUGUGUGUCAAGUCUGUGCUAAAACGAUAGCGAGAAGAUUCGGUAAGCAAGGAUAUGAAUGCAGGGAUUGUUUGAUCAAAUGCCACAAACACUGCCACGUGAAGGCUAAUGAUAGUUGUCCGACCUCUACAAUUCAUAAUGUUGAACUGGUCUAUGCUACCGGUUCUGAGCGAGUAACUGCUCAUACAUCACGAAUCCUGUCACUGACAAGAACUUUUCAUUCUUCUAGCUACUCAAACAGUAACCAGCCAACAUUUAUAACAAGCGGGUAG